UAAUAGUUUACAAUGUAGAAAAUAGUAAAAAUAAAGCAACCCUGGAAUGAGUAGGUGUCCAAACCUUUGACUGGUACUGUGUGAGAGAUAUAUGCCUAAAAUACAUUUGAUAAAUAGCUGAUGCAUGUAUUGGUCAGGAUGCCAACCUCGUGCUGCAGACUGGACUUAUGACUGCUGACCUCUACAUGGAUAGUCUGAGGUAAGACUGGAUGCUUAUCUGCGUCUUCCUUUUACAUGUGCUUUGAUAGUUAGUGUAGUGAACAUGUACCAUUUUUCUUUUGACAGGUGUUACAAAUCCCUUUGGCCCGACAAUCUACCGGGGAUGGUAAUGGGACCCGUAACCUAACUCAUGCAAAUUAUAGUAGUGACAAAGUAAGAGUGAGAACGAAAUAACCACAACAACUAAUAUCUACCGUCAAACACUCAGGGUUUAUUUAUAAACACACGGUAAUGGGGGUGGAGCAGGAAAAGGGGCUGAGCUGGACCCAAGGAAAGAAACAAUAAUAAUCCAAAAACACCCCUAAACUAGACUAGACUAUUUCAACAACAGCUAACUAACUAACCACAAAUACAGUGGGUGGUUUGCCCAGUUCUAACUAGUGUAUUUAACAAAGUAUUCCUACGGGUAAAGUAUGCCCAUGGGCGACUUAUCCCCUUUUCCCACCAUCAAUCAAACAAACACUCAAACACCAUAACCAAAACAAAACUCACAGGUGGGGACAAAGUGACAUGUAGCUGCAAAACACACAAUGGAUCUACAGACAGAAGGCAUUGACAGAGAGAUUGAGCUCCUGAGAAAACAACUGACAGGGGUUUUAAACCAAGGGAAAAGGACUGUGAUUGGGUAAGGGAAAAGGAGCAGGUUUCUUCUGAUUAGCGACUGAUUGGGGAAUGAUGAUGGUCACCUGUGAGUAGGGGAGAAGGAGAGAAAAACACACAGAAUACUAGUAUCCGUAACAACAGGAUAUGAGGAUGGAAGACAUCAGCUGUCACCCAGCAAAUACAAGUGAGAGCACUGCAUUGGAACAAGACAAUGUUCCUUUCUUCCAAUGAGGACAGUGUGCUGAUUCAUGUCAAGCAGCCCUCGUGGACGACAUUCUGCUUCAGGUCUGUUUGAGGGUGGAUGGGGUGACAGCAGAAGAGAGGUAAUGGACUAGUACAGGGUGACAGGCUGCCAGGGAGCCGAGAGGAGGACAGGUGAGGAGCGGUGCUAUUGGAGCUUUAGCUGCUGAACGCUGUUAGUGUGGGAUGUUACGCUGGACGACCCACCUGGACGGAGGGCCGCGGAGGGUGAACCAUGCUGCCGUCUCCGUGGGACACAAGGUGUACUCCUUCGGAGGGUACUGCUCUGGAGACGACUACGAGACGCUGAGACAGAUAGACGUGCACAUCUUUAACACAGUUUCUCUGCGGUGGAUGAAGUUGCCUCCAGUGAGAACAGGGGGUAGGGAACAUGCCAGGGAUGUCCCCUACAUGCGUUACGGUCACACAGCCGUGCUGCUGGAAGAUACCAUCUACAUCUGGGGGGGUCGUAACGACACGGAGGGGGCCUGCAACGUCCUCUAUGCCUUUGACAUCAACAACCACCGGUGGUUCACCCCUAAGAUUUCUGGGACAGUUCCGGGGGCGAGGGAUGGCCACUCAGCCUGCAUCCUGGGGAAGGCCAUGUACAUCUUUGGAGGAUACGAGCAGCUGGCUGACUGCUUCUCCAACGACAUCCACAAGCUGGACACCACAACCAUGGCCUGGUCACUAAUCAAUGCAAGGGGUACUCCAGCUCGUUGGAGGGACUUCCACUCUGCCACCAUCGUUGGCACUAAGAUGUUUGUGUUUGGAGGCAGAGCAGAUCGCUUCGGUCCGUUCCACUCUAAUAAUGAGAUCUACUGCAACAAGAUAAAGGUGUUUGAUACAGAGACCAACAGCUGGCUGAACACUGCUACUACCCAGCUCCUACCAGAGGGACGACGUAGCCACUCAGCCUUUUCCUACAACGGGGAGCUGUAUAUUUUCGGGGGCUACAACGCUCGUCUGGACCGACACUUCAACGACCUCUGGAGGUUCAACCCAGAGACGUUUUCGUGGAAGAAGGUAGAGCCGCAGGGUAAAGGGCCGUGCCCCAGGAGAAGACAGUGCUGUUGCAUGGUGGGAGAUCGGAUCAUCCUGUUUGGAGGAACCAGUCCAUGUCCAGAACAGGGGAUGGGAGAUGAGUUCAACCUCAUGGAUCAUUCUGACCUCUACAUACUAGACUUCAGUAAGUAUCCCCUCUCUCUUUCUCGUGCUCACUCACUCUCUCAAUUCAAAGGUCUUUAUUGGCACGGGAAACAUAUGUUUACAUUGCCAAAGAAAGUGAAAUAGAUAAUAAACAAAAGGUAAAUAAACAAUGAGUGAAUGAGAGUGAAUGGCCUGGCCUUAGUCAACACCUACAUCGCUAGACACGUCCACUUCUUCAAUAGAUUUUCAAGACCAUUUAAAUCAAAACUGUAACUAGGCCACUCAGGAACAUUCAAUGUCGUCUUGGUAAGCAACUCUAUUUGGCCUUGUGUUUUAGGUUAUUGUCUUGCUGAAAGGUGAAUUUGUCUCCCUGUGUCUGGUGGAAAGCAGACUGAACCAGGUUUUCCUCUAGAACUUUGCCUCGUUCUAUUACGUUUCUUUUCAUCCUAAAAAAUAACUCCCUAGUCCUUGCCAAUUUAUUUUAUUUUAUUUUGAACUUAACCUUUAUUUAACUAGACAAGUCAGUUGAGAACAAUGAUGGCCGACCAAAAGGCCUCCUGCGUGGUUGGGGGCUGGGAUUCAAAAUAUAGAACAAAACACGACACCUUUUGUUUAUUCCAUGCAAAAUGACCUCCAGCAGGCCACAAAUGUGCAUGUGUCUGCUCAAACGGUCAGAAACAGACUCCAUGAGGGUGGUAUGAGGGCCCGACGUCCACAGUUGGGGGUUGUGCUUACAGCCCAACACCGUGCAGGACGUUUGGCAUUUGCCAGAGAACACCAAGAUUGGCAAAUUCGCCACUGGCGCCCUGUGCUCUUCACAGAUGAAAGCAAGUUCACACUGAGCACAUGUGACAGACGUGACAGAGUCUGGAGACGCCGUGGAGAACGUUCUGCUGCCUGCAACAUCCUCCAGCAUGACCGGUUUGGCGGUGGGUCAGUCAUGGUG